AUGUCAUUGCCCAGUGCCGAUGCCGAGCUGGCCAACCCAGAGAUUAAGCCCGUGGGAGGGCAUCAUUCUUCACAUCACCGCAAGGUUACGCCUGUGCCUGCGGAGCGACAAAUAUCUCCUGAAUAUGCUGCAGGAUUUAUCAGCAGGUGGACGUUUAGUUGGAUGGGGGACUUGAUGUCGACUGGUUUUCGUCGGCCCCUAAAAAUCAAUGACAUUCCACUCCUCAAUCCUACAAGAAGUGUGCAAAGGCACAGUGUUACCUUCGACGCCCACUUCAAGGCGGCCAAGGCCUCCAGCGAUGUUAAACACCCUCUUUUUACCUCUCUACACAAGACCUUCGCCCGCGAAUUCUGGAUCGGUGGUUUAUGUCGUCUAUUAGCCGAUCUAUUCACAGUCGGAAACCCAUACACACUUCGGUAUCUGAUCGAAUGGGUUCAGAACAGCUACUAUGCCCAUCAACCAGGAAGUACUGUGAAGAAUCCAGAUCUCACAAGAGGAGUAGGGCUGUUGGUCGGCAUUAUCUGCAUGCAGAUCCUGCUCAGCUCAUGCCAAAACCACUUUCUAUACCGCGGAACGAUGGUUGGUGGCCAGGUCCGAGCUGUCUUGACGAACAAGAUCCAAGAGAAGAGCUUGAGGAUAUCUGAGCGAGCUAGAGCUGGUGGGUCAGCUGAUCUUGCGAUCAAUGACUCCGAAACAACCCUCCAGGAAGUCGACUUGAACGAAAAGCCUGACAACGCAAAGUCCCCCCAAUCUUCUGGAAAGGGUAAAGCAGCUGAUCCUGAGGCCGGCUGGUCGAAUGGCAGAGUCGUUAACCUCGUGUCUAUGGAUGCUCAUCGCAUUGAUCAGGGUAUCAGCAUGAUACACGUCGUAUGGACCUCGCCGCUGAUCAUCUGUAUCUGCAUGGCCUUGCUCAUUGUCAACCUUCGCCAGUCCGCUCUUGCCGGGUUUGGGGUCCUGAUUUUCUCCAUGUUUUUCCUUGUAGUUGCCGUGAAAGCACUUUUUGCACGUCGCCAGGUAAUGAACAUGUCCACCGACGUUCGUGUUGGCCUGACGCAAGAAGUUCUCCAGGCUAUUCGUCUCGUCAAAUAUUUCAGCUGGGAGGAUAGCUUUGUCGAGCGCCUAAUUGAACUGAGAGCCGACGAGACACGCCAGCUACAAGGGUUUAACCUGAUCCUCAACUUUGUCACCUCUCUUGGACAGAGUCUGCCUGUUUUAGCUUGCAUGGUCAGCUUCGUGACGUAUGCCUGUAUCCACGCUGGAGGCCUUGAUGUCGCUAUCGUGUUCUCUAGUGUCGCCCUGUUCAGCUCUCUUCUCACGCCUACCGCUUUCCUACCGGCAUGUCUUGGCCAUGCAUCUGACGCAUGGGCCAGUAUGACAAGGAUUGAAGAGUACCUGCUCGCCGAAGAAGUUGAGGAGUUGAAUGUCGACGAGAACAUGAGAGAUGCCGUGAGAAUUGAAAACGCGGGAUUCACCUGGGAGAAGGGACAGGCUAUCCGAGCCACGGACGUAAAUGAUGAGGCCGAGGAGGAAGGAAACCCGCAAGGCGGCCGGAACUCUCUCGCGGCGUUGAGAGCAAGCAGGAUGUUCCACGAUGGAGAAAUUAACCCCUACAACAAUCGUGAUUCGCUGUCUGCUUUGAGAGCAAGCAGGAUGUUCCACGACGUUGACUACGACACUGAAGGGUUUGCAUUGCCUAGCUUCGAUUGGGAAGGAGGUUCAAUUGCAGGACCUUCAUCUAGAUGGGACAGGCCAACAACCUUCAUGCCUCCUUCAUACGGAUUUGAAAGACCUACUUCAUUCAUGAUGCCUUCUUUCUCACGAGAAAGAUCUAAUACGAAUAAUUCACAAGAAAGGGGUGUUUCUAUGAUUAGACCAAGAUCGACUAUAAGGCCCCUGUCCACUUGGUUCCGUCCUGAGUCGACCGUUCGACCUAAAUCAAAUAUCAGACCUAUGUCUACAUGGUUUACGCGGCCCUCUUCAACACUGAAACAUCCACUGGAGCGUGAGGGAUCUGACCAAAUGCCAUCCUUCCGGUGGGAAGAUGGCGCGCGUCCCUCUGAAAAGGUAUUAAGGGAGCGACCCGCAUCUGGUGCUACGUUAUCGAGCCCACCUUCUUAUGAGGAGUCCUCGUCGUCAGUCACCUUGGCAGAAUAUCCACCUGCUCUUGCGCCAUUUUCAAUCCCUUCUAUAUCCCUCAACAUCCGUCGUGGUGAGCUUCUUGCAGUCAUUGGCGGUAUUGGAAGUGGAAAAUCCUCUCUCCUGUCCGCUCUAGCUGGUGAUAUGCGCAAGGUAAAAGGAAACCUCAAGUUUCAUUCAGACCGGGCUUUCUGCCCUCAGACAGCAUGGAUUCAGAACGCUACCGUCCGCGAGAAUAUCCUCUUCGGUGCGCCCUAUGAUGCUGCGUGGUACGAUAAAGUAAUCACCGCAUGUCAGCUCCGCCGCGAUCUCCAAAUUCUUUCCAAUGGUGACGCCACGGAGAUCGGAGAGCGAGGUAUCAACGUCAGUGGUGGACAGAAACAGAGAAUCAGCUUGGCGCGAGCCAUGUACUCCAAUGCCGAUAUAUUACUCUUGGAUGAUCCGUUAAGUGCUGUGGAUCCAUACGUCGGACAAGCUAUCUUCGACGAGGCGAUCCUCGGGGCUCUUGGAAAUAAGACAAGAAUUCUCGCAACUCACCAGGCCCACGUUCUCAGUCGCUGUGACCGGAUCCUCUGGCUGGAUGACGGAAAGGUCAAGGCCCUGGGUAGUUUUGCGAAGCUGAAGAAGAAGUACCCCGACUUUGCUGCUUUAGUCAAGGAAGCGGAGGGAAAUCGAGAGAAGGCAACGAAGGAAGAUGCUGAGAAAAAUUCCGACAAGCCUGAAGAAGUGACUACUACGGUGAGCAAGUUGGCUGGAGACGACACCAUGCCCGAGCUCAUGCAAAGUGAGGACGAAGUUGAUGGCGGCAUUCCUUGGGCAGUCUACACAUCUUAUCUUGCCUGUUCCCGGAGUCCCAUCGCUAUCAUUCUAGCCAUCCCACUUCUGUGUCUCGCCCAAGGCAGCGCUCUGCUCUGUGGUAUGUGGCUCGCCUGGUGGGCAUCCGACAGAUUUGGCUUCGAAAACAACACGUACAUCGCUAUCUACGUCGCCUUGGGUGUAUGUCAAGCCAUCUGUCUCUACCUGUUCGGUCUCUGCAUUUCAGUUCUCUGCACUAGCGCUAGCAACGUCAUGCUUGAUAAAGCGACCGCAAAGAUUAUGCGCGCGCCAGUCUGGUUCUUCGAUACCACGCCACUAGGACGCAUCGUCAACAGAUUCUCAAAGGACGUCUAUGUGAUGGAUGAUGCGCUGCCAGAAUCUCUGAGAUUGUUCAUGGUCGGAACAGCCAUGGUCUUGGGAAUUCUUUCGCUUAUUGUGUCCGAGUUCCAUUGGUUCGGGAUUGCCCUUGUCCCAUGUACUGCUAUAUUCUUUUUCUCUGCUUUCUACUACCGUGCCUCUGCACGUGAACUCAAGCGUCAUGAGUCCAUCUUGCGUGGUGUUGUUUUAGCCCGCUUCUCUGAAACACUUUCCGGUGUGACUACUAUCCGCACCUACUCUAUGCAAAAGCAAUUCUCCAAAUCAUUGCAGCGUGCAAUCGACGAUAUGAACAGUGCAAACUUCCUCACCUCUGCUAAUCAGCGAUGGCUGGGAAUCAGGUUGGAUUUUGUUGGUGUCCUAUUGAUCGUUGCAGCUGGGGUUUUGGUUGUACUGCAGCGAUCUACUCAGAACCCUGCAAUUUCCGGCGUCGUGUUGAGCUACUCCCUAGGUGCUGCACAGGUUCUGCAAUUCAUCAUCCGUCAAUGGGCCAACGUGGAGAAUGCUAUGAAUGCUACCGAACGGAUUCAUGCCUAUGGACCCGGUGACAGUCUUCCCAUCGAGGGUAACAACGGUACUCCACCUGUACCUGCUCCAGAAUCCUGGCCUGAGCAAGGAGGCAUUACUUUCGGAGAUGUGCAUAUGCGUUACCGUGAAGGACUUCCCAAUGUCCUCCGUGGAUUGACCCUUUCUAUCAAGCCCGGUGAACACGUCGCCAUCGUGGGGCGUACUGGUGCCGGAAAGUCUUCCCUCAUUGGAGCACUCUUCCGGACAUGUGAGCUCUCUGGAGGCUGCAUCACUAUUGACGGCGUUGACAUCUCAACACUUCCACUUAAGGACCUCCGCUCUCGUCUAUCUAUUCAGCCUCAAGACUCAAUUCUAUUCCGUGGUACGGUCCGCAGCAACCUCGACCCAUUGAAAACCCACACCGACGAAGAACUCUGGCUCGCUCUGCGCGGGGCAUGGCUAGCUGACACGGUCCAGCUGGAUGAUAUUGUUGAAGAAGAAGGAACCAACUUUUCUCACGGCCAACGUCAACAACUCGGGCUAGCACGUCUCCUCGUCCGAAACAGCAAGGUCGUUGUGUGUGAUGAGGCAACCUCAAGUGUGGAUCUGGAGACAGAUGACAAGAUCCAGAAAACCAUGGUCGAAGCGUUCAAGGGAAAAACUGUGAUUACGGUGGCACACCGUAUUCGAACAAUUAUCAAUUAUGACCGUGUGUGUGUUAUGGACAAGGGGACUAUCGUGGAGCUUGGGACGCCAUGUGAGCUCUGGGAUUUGGGAGGUGUGUUUAGGGGAAUGUGUGACACGAGUGGAAUUUUCGAAGAAGAGUUGCAGCGAUUCAUUUGA